GCGGACUUCUCGGCGCACAGCAGCUGACCCAACAACCUCUUCCUCGAACUCCAGCAGAAGAAGCCGAACACCAAACACCACCGGAACACACAAAGAGGAAUAUAAACCACAGGAGGAAACUUUUUUUUAAAUCGUUUUGUAAUUUUCUCUCGGGGGUGUUGAUCGUCCAUCGUUAUGGAGAGAGGGGAUUCUUCGGAUCACGGUCCGCGGUUCUGCGUGUUGUCUUGGGAUCAGGUGCAGCGUUUGGACUCCAUCCUGGGGGAGGCUGUACCCAUCCACGGCAGGGGAAAUUUCCCCACGCUGUCCAUGAGCCCCCGCCAGAUUGUUCAGGUGGUGCGGGCUCGCCUGGAGGACAAGGGCGUGUGUGUCAAAGACGUGAGACUGAACGGCUCGGCCGCCAGUCACGUGCUCCACCAGGACACCGGACUGGGCUACAAGGACCUGGACUUGAUCUUCGGCGUGUCGCUGAAGGAUGACCAGGCGUUCCGUCUGGUGAAGGACGUGGUGCUGGACUGUCUGUUUGAUUUCCUUCCGGCCGGCGUCUCCAAGGAACGCAUCACGGCGCUGACCCUCAAAGAGGCGUACGUGCAGAAACUGGUGAAAGUAUGCAACGACACGGACCGCUGGAGCCUCAUCUCGCUGUCCAACAACACGGGCAAGAACGUGGAGCUUAAAUUUGUAGACUCUUUAAGGAGGCAGUUCGAGUUCAGCGUGGACUCCUUCCAGAUUUGCCUCGACUCUCUGCUCUUGUUCGACCGUUGCUCGGAGACGCCCAUGUCGGAGAGCUUUCACCCCACAGUCAUCGGCGAGAGCGUUUACGGCGACUUCCAGGAGGCCAUGGAUCAUUUGUGUCGGAAGACUAUAGCCACGCGAAGCCCGGAAGAAAUCCGAGGUGGCGGCUUGUUGAAGUACUGCCAUCUGCUGGUGCGGGGGUUCCGACCUUCCUCCGAAGCGGACAUGAAGCAGAUGCAGCGCUACAUGUGCUCACGCUUCUUCAUUGACUUUUCCGACAUUGGCGAGCAGAAGAGGAAACUGGAGGCCUACCUCCAAAACCACUUUGUGGGCAUGGAGCACAAACGAUACGAGUGCCUGAUGACGCUGUACGAGGUGGUGAACGAGAGCACCGUCUGUCUGAUGGGCCACGAGCGACGCCAGACGCUCAGCCUCAUCUCCAUGUUGGCGCUUAAGGUGCUGGCCGAGCAGAACGCCAUCCCCACGGUGACGAACGUUACGUGUUACUACCAGCCGGCUCCGUACGUGCAGGACAUUAAUUUCAGCAAUUACUACAUCGCACACGUGCAAGCGCCGCAGGUGGCGCCGUGCACGACUUCCUACCAGACAUGGCUGCCCUGCAGCUGAGGCAAACACCCCAGAGAUGGAUGCUUUGGGAUCUUUUUUGCAGAAGAGCGUUGGACACACAAAAAGCAAGUUUGCCAAAUGUGAUUAAAAACAUAAUCCUGUUCUGCUGUACGUCUGAUUGAGCCAACACAAACAUCUGUAAGAUUGCUGGUCGUCGUUUUUUUAUUUUUUAUUAUAUGUAACCAUUUAUUAAACAAAAAAUGGUUACAUCUUUUUUUUUUUUUUUUACAUGUAACCAUUUAUUUAAAAAAAAUGGUUACAUCUUUUUUUUUUUAGAUGUAGCCAUUUAUUUUAAAAAAUGGUUACAUCUUUUUUUUAUUUUUUAGAUGUAACCAUUUAUAUAAAAAUGGUUACACCUUUUUCUUUUUAUAUGUAACCAUUUAUUUAAAAAAAUGGUUACAUCUGUUUUUUUUAGAUGUAGCCAUUUAUUUUAAAAAAUGGUUACAUCUUUUUUUUAUUUUUUAGAUGUAACCAUUUAUAUAAAAAUGGUUACACCUUUUUCUU